UAUGACUCCAACGUCGACAGAAGCAAUAUUUUCACAUUCGCCACGGUGUACCAAAGUCAGAAGCGAUUCAAUAGCGACAAUUCAGUACGUCGGGAUACCUUUAGCAUUGCGGUCGUGGAAAAGAUAGUCGGUGGAAGGGCAAGAAAUUCUCAAAUGCAGUAGACUAAAGGAUUAUAUUGAAACAUGAGAAAAGUUUGUGUUUCUGCUAAGAAAAAUAACAUAAUUAUUUAAGGAAUGUGUUGAAGAUAACAAAAAUAUAAUUUUUUCACACCUGUGAACGGAGACAAUUCAAAAAGUAAUAAAAUCAUCGUUAAACAACAAUUAUUUUAAAAAAGCGAAGAUAUAUAGCUGUGCAAAAUUUAUACAAAAAAUUAUUUGAAGAAACAAAACUUUAAAAUCAACAAGCGCCGUAAGAGCAUAAAGGAUUUCAUAUAAUUCCGUAAGCCACGUACUAUUUUUAAAAGUGGGAGUGCGAGUGCGUUGCGGUAAAAGGAGAUGCAGACAAAAUAGCUAAUAACAAAAUAUAAGUUCACCAGAAAUCCGAAAGGUACAAAGCAACAACAACAAAUCUAAACCACCGCCAAGUGUGUUUCUGUAAAUCAUGUCCCACGAAAAGGUGACAAAACAAAAUCCAGAAGCGAAAUUUAUCGCAAGAACUCAUCCACUUAAUAAGAAGAAAGCCAAACGCUAAACAACUAAAUAGGGAUUCACGUAUACUUACAUAUGCAAAAACUUUUACGGCACAAAAAUGCCCGACUCACACAUACCAACGACGGCAGUGAAUGAAUUUGGGAGCAUAGAACCCUACAAGGUCGACACUUUUAAUGAAUUCGAGAGCAGCGGUGUCGGGGGCGGUCAAGGCGAUGUCAUAAUUGCUACUGAAAAUACUCGUGCUGUUUUCGGCGGCUUAGUGAACGACCUACGAGAUAAUUAUUCCCAACUUAUCGGUACCACAUCGGUCAUUGAUUGGUGCAAUCAAUCACUGCUACUGUAUGGCAUAAAUAACUGUAGUAUGAAUAUUUACAGUGGAAUUAACGAUACAUUGGUUGACGAUGACAUAUCAUUCAUUCUUCCAUGGUGGCGCCAAGUCCUGUGGUCUAUUUUAUUCGGUGGCAUGGUUUUGGUGGCAACAGGAGGAAAUUUAAUUGUCGUUUGGGUUGUUAUGACGACGAAAAGAAUGCGAACCGUUACCAAUUAUUUCAUAGUGAAUCUCUCCAUCGCGGAUGCCAUGGUAUCCAGUCUCAACGUGACGUUCAAUUAUAUUUACAUGCUGGACAACGAUUGGCCUUUCGGUGAACUAUAUUGCAAAAUAUCGCAAUUUAUAGCAACGCUGAGCAUAAGCGCUUCAGUGUUUACACUAAUGGCGAUAUCCAUCGACAGAUAUGUUGCCAUCAUGAAGCCACUGGAACCGCGUAUGAGUAAGCGGUGUAAUCUGGGCAUCGCCUCGUUCAUUUGGAUAGCGUCAAUUACGAUAUCAUGCCCGAUGUUGCUCUUUUUUACAACCGGCGAAGUCGAACUGAAGGAUGGUACCCGAAUUGUAUGCUAUACCGAGUGGCCUGAUGGUCCUACGAAUCAUUCGCAACAGGAAUAUGUUUAUAAUAUCGUUUUUAUGAUUCUCACGUAUAUACUGCCCAUCAUUUCUAUGACGGUCACUUAUUCACGAGUUGGCAUUGAACUUUGGGGAUCAAAGACAAUCGGAGAGUAUACGCCUAGACAGGUGGAGAAUGUUCGGAGCAAGCGUAGGGUGGUGAAAAUGAUGAUGGUUGUGGUGCUGAUAUUUGCCGUUUGUUGGUUGCCUUUUCACAUUUAUUUCAUAGUCACAUCAUGUUAUCCGGCGCUGACACAGACUCCUUUCAUUCAGGAAGUCUAUUUAGGCAUCUAUUGGCUAGCCAUGAGUAACUCCAUGUAUAAUCCAAUUAUUUACUGCUGGAUGAACUCAAGAUUCCGUUACGGCUUCAAGCGGUUCUUCCGCUGGUGCCCGUUUGUUAAAGUCGGGGCUGAAUCUUUAAAUCGGCGUGACAAUAUGACUUCGCGAUACUCAUGCUCAGGUUCACCGGAUCAUAAUCGCAUCAAGAGAAAUGUCAAUUCAUCCUUUUGUGUGUCUCUUCCAGAUACACAGCGCUCAUUUUUAUACACCUGUCCGGGCUCGCCAAAAAAGCAUCGAGUGGCCUCACAUUAUGGUGUGUUACGUAAUUCCACAGUAGUAUCCCAUCGAGAUCCUAUGCGACAGUCAGCGGCAAUUGGCACCAACAACACCAGCGCAUAUCAUCAACGCUUCACCAUUAGUCACUGCGGCAAUAGUCACGAGCUGACAUCGCUGACGUCGUUAAGCGGCUCACCGGGUGCGGGACAAUAUGGAUUCGUAAUGAAAGCUGAGCCCAUCAAAGUGGCGCUGCGAAAUGGCAGCGCACAACAAGUGUCGUUGCCAUUGUGGCCAGCGACAGUUGAAACAACCGACACCGAAGCAUGUACAACAACACCGCCGCCAUCCACACUUGGCGCUGGCGAAGUCAGAGGCUUUGAAGAUAGUCGUGUUGAUGAUGCUGGUAGUGGUAUGUGCCGUGUGGAAGAGACAAACGUACGUGCUGCAUCCUGACAGUAUGAACACACACGCAGCAACAACAGCGACAAUGAUAGUGUAAAAGUAGUUGAGGAGCGUGACAAGUGCAGCAAUGGUCUAGAAGACGGUGUGGAAUAUAAAAAUGUCAACGGUAGUACAAAAGCCUAUGAUAUUAGCAACAGCAGCAGUAACAACAAUAACAACAAACGUCGUGCGACAGAUACCACAGUAACAAAGACAACAAAGCCCACAACAACUGCAUUGCUGUCGACCAACACGCCACGUGGCAUUUUUGUUUCGUCUACGACAGAUGAUAAAACAUGGCUGUAAAUUAACUGUAUCAGAGAUGGUUUAGAAAAACAUAUGCUUGGCUGACGCAACCCAGAAGAUGACCAGAAUAAAAAACAACAAGGCUGUUUUGCCUCGUGAUUAUAGUUGACACAGGAAAGUGUGUUUCAUGCAACACCUGGUAGAUGAUAAGAAAACGAUGACGAUUGACACAUCUAAUUUUAGAAAUUUAAUAUUAAUAAGAAGAAAGAGGGAGAGAGAGAGAUCUGUUGCUACAAAUUUAAACGACAAUUCCACUCUCGACCUACAUAAAUGCAGACAAUGUGAUUUUUCAGAGGCGUUAUAACCUCAAAAUAUUUAUGAUGAAACAUUAAACCCAAACUCAAUGUUUGAACUGCGUAUCAUUUUAUAUAAUAUAUUAGCUGAAAUUCAUGGUUAGACCACGUAUCUUAAGCGGCUGAGUGCAAUUUAACUACAGAAAAAAAAUGAAUGUUAUUUAGAAACCCGUAUAUAUGUCCUCACAAAAAACCAAAAAAAAAAACAAGAAAUAAAAAACAGUAUAAAAAACGCAAUAUCAGCACCAGGACUAAGUCAUAACAGCCUUAAAGUGCUAUAUGUAGAUAAGGAAAUCAUGGAAUAAAAUUUAUAAAUUUAAGCUUAGCGUUUCACUAUUAAGCAUUGCACUCAUAUAAGUUAAAAAAUUCAUUAACAAUGUGUAAAAUAUGAGAAAACUUACUUAAAAUCAACUACACUUUAUCUUUGUCGCAAGGGGAUUCACGAAAGUUCAAUAACUAAAUAAUAUACACAAGUAUAUGUCCAUAUGCAUACGUCAACAAGUAAGAAACCUGAUAAUUAGCUUUUGCCUUUGCGAACUUCGCUAUUAAGAAAUAUUUUUUUUUUUUUUUGGUAUAAAACGUGUGUUAAAGAGUGCAAAUUAUGUCAUAAUUUUACCUUUCAUUCUAACACAUUUGAAGUAUUUGCUUCGUUUCUCUACAUUAAGAAAAAGUCUUCUCUCAAUUAAUGACUUAUGUUAGUUCAUUUUCCAAUAGUUUUAUAAUCAUUUGAUGAAUUUAGUUCUGUAGUUAAACGUUUUUAGAUAUCGAUAAUCUUCAGACUCUUAACUCUCAUUCUUAGGUGCAAAACGAAAAUAACUCACGUUCUUCGCCCUCGUGCCUCGCAAUGAGAUUAAUUAAAUUACAUAAAUAUAUGUUCAACCUGAUUAUUGUUUUGCUACCGACAUAUGACCUAUUGGACAUACAACCUUCAUAGUCAAGCACAACAUUGAAAUUUUUAUUACUAAAAAUUUAAAGAUUUUAUAAUUUCGGCGAAGACCAUUGCCAAGUUGUAUCGUUAUACCGGAAACCCAAUUAUAGCAGUAUCGAAUCUAGUGCAGUACCACAAAUUUAGAAAAAUGUGUUUCCACUUCAGCAAACCCCCCUCUAUACCUACUUCGAUAGCAGAAGAAUAUGUAAUAUAAAAUAUUUUUCAAAACAGGACUGAAAAAGUUAUAUUCUUUAUUAUCAUGCUCUUCUUAAUUUGCGAAAAAAAUAAAAAGGACCGUAAUACUCCUUAAAAAUAUUUAAGUGACGUAAUUUUUCGUUCCUAAAAAAAACUAAAACUAAAUCCAUUAAAAAUUGUGUGAAUAGACACACUCUUAUUACCAUGUUAGUAUUGUCUCUGUCUUAAAAUAUAAAUUAUUGCCGCUGAGAAAGUCGAAUUUUCUGUACAAAACAUUAAACCUACGCUUGUUACCAAAAUAUUUACCACUUUAUUGAACUUUUUGUUGUUGUUAUUGUUGUUGUAGCGGCAGAAUUCUGCCGAGUUAACAGUCCUUGCCCGGAUAAAAUCCGAGUCCGUUCCGGUUACGUAGACCCGA